CACGUGAGGGGGCGGGGACACAGCUGGCGAACAAAACACAAGUGCGGCUGUCACACUGGGGAACUGGGACCUGGAGUUUAUUCACCCGCGGACAUCGGCUUCACUGGGAGGAACCCCGGCACCUUCUGUGUCAUAGGUGAUGGAGUCCCUCAAUGAGCUAAGCCUAUCUGAGGAUGACCCCCGUCUAUGUGUCGCUAAGGAUCCCGCAUCCUGCAUCAGGGAGGAGUGCUGCGAGUUCUCGGUGGCAGUUGCGGGUAGUCCUGGCGUUGGUAAAACCGUUUUGAUCCAAGCUCUGCUGGGUCUGACGGAAAGCCACCAGCACUCCAAUGUGACCUCUCUGUACCCAACAAGACCUGGAGGGCCCUUACUGUACAUUCACCCAUCUCAUCCUGGUUUGAGCCUCUGGGAGUUGCCCCUGGAGGAUGGAUCUCCUGAGAAAUGGAUUUUAGAGGCCGACCUCCUGCUGUUGGUCACUAAUGGGCAGUUUUCACGUGUCCAUAUAGAUUUAGCCCGCAGUGCUCUCUCCCAAGGGAAAAAGCUAUGUCUGGUGCGCAGCCAGGUGGAUUGUGAUCUGCACACCCUGAAGAGGAGGAUGAAGGAGAUGUUUAGUCGGGAAGAAGUGCUGCACUCACUCUGCACACUCACCCUCCAGCCCUUUAGUGACCUAAAAAACAAAGGGGAGAUCAGGCUAUUUCUGGUGUCCGGCUAUGAGCCGUGGAAAUUGGACACGACACGAUUAAAGGCAGUAAUAGAGGAGACCUCCAGAAUGUGCGGGAGGCCCCUCUCACUGGUCCAGCAGGGGUACGAGGUAAUAGGAGACAAGGAGAUUUCAGAACUACAGUCUGCUCUGGAGAGAGGAGGAAUUCCAGAGAUGGUCAGAUUUAUCCAGAACAGUCUGGACAUGCUGCUUGACACCCGCAUUGACUUUGCUUUUGAAGGAGGUGAAUGCAGUGUUCGUCACUCUCUCCUUAAUGCACUAAGAGGAGUUCGAGAUGAGGAAGAUGGUUCAGCUCAUGAGAAAGAUCCAGAAGCCCCAACAGAGUAUCCAAGUCUCAAAUACCCAAAAGCAAGUCUAUGGGACAUACCAGGCCUGGGGAGCCAUGAAUUUGAGGUUAAAGACUACUUAGAACAUGUAAAUAUCAACCACUAUGACUUUAUAUUUCUGCUACUAACAAAUGGAACAGAGGCCACCGACAGCUUCAAAUCUUUACUCUCUGAGCUCAAAAAGCAGGGAAAGAAAGUCUUCCUUAUACGAGCCUGUGAGGAAGGAGCAAUUCCAAUGGAAGAGGAAAGAGGGAAAAAUGAGCUUUUUGUUCUUUGCCCCACUAAACUUCCAGGGCCAGAAUUCCAUAGAUUGCUAGGGAAUCUGGAGGAGCAACUGUCCACCCAUAAGUCUCGCGCUUUUAUGCUCUCUCUCCCAAAUCUUUCUGCUGAAGUUAUCCAGAAAAAGAAAGAGGCACUUGCUCAUGAGAUCUGGAAGGUGGCUCUGCUUUCAAGCCUAGUGGCUUGUGUGCCAGUUCCUGGAGUAGCCAUAUCAUGCGACAUGUCUUUGCUCACUGCCAGGCUAGACACUUACCGUCAGGAGCUGGGGCUGGAUGCCAGUUCCAUUGCCUCGCUUUCCCAACAAUAUGGAGUGCCUGCAGCUACUCUUAUGUUAGAAAUCCACAGCCCUGCAGGAAAGGGGGUGACCCGGGAGUUAGUUGGGAAGAUGCUUGGCACUGCCACUGGCCUUGGUCUAGAAAUAGCAGGAGUCAUUCUUCACCGCUUCCCUCUCUUGGGCCCUCUGGCUACAGGAGGAAUUGCUUUCCAUGCCAACUAUAGCGUGCUGAGUCGCUGCUUGGAGGGCUUGGCAGAAGAUGCUCAGCGAGUGCUGGAGAAGGCUCUAACAUUUCAUUCUACCUCUAUGAACUGAACUAUUAAACUAAGCAUUCCAACUGGGGAGUAUAGUAAGUGGUGUGAACAGAGACAUAACUCUAAAAGCACACUCAUUGGCUUCUGGGAUAAGCAGGGGUUGUUGUGGACCAAUUAGGGUCUUGACUAAUGUGCAAAUUCAAUAUACUUUUGGGAAGAAAUAUCCUUCUAAAGGUUUGGAGAGUCUAAAAUUAUACUGUUGUGGGGGCAUAUUAAUCUCUAGCUUUGCUUCUGAGUUCAUCUGUUAUAUCGGAUCUAGUAUCCCAAGCCAACAGUUAGUGGUCUAGUGCAGGUAGUAUAUAUAAAGCCUCUGAUUGGUUUAGGGAUGCACUAAAUUCACUAUUUUGGGAUUCUGACAAGCCCCCGAAUUAUCACUUCCUUGUUUGUGUGAUGGAAAGUCACCUGAUUUUAAAGGGAUACUGU